AUGGAUGCCUUGAGAUACUACGAUCAAUCUCACUGGGCCGAAAUGCCGCACUAUUUCAAAUACUCCUUGCUAGGUGCGGGGACAACAAUUGGAAUUGCCGACACUCCUGCCAUUCCCCUAGGCUCCUGGGUGCUUGUCACCGGCAUCAAUGGUCUGGUGGGAUCCCACGUCGCCGAUCAAUUACUCGCCCACGGUUACCGAGUGCGGGGAACCGUGCGGGAUAGCCAGAGGUGCCAAUGGGUCCGGACGCUUUUCCAUCGCAAAUACGGGGACGAGGCAUUCCAGUUGGUCCAGAUCGAGGAUCAACUCCGCCCGGGUGUCUCAGGCAUCGCGCACGUCGCCACUAUUCUCGAGGACCCUGAAGAUCCAAAUGAGCUCUUUGCUGCCAUAAACAAAUCGGACUGCAAUAUCCUUGCGUCCGCCGCAGCUGAAUCCAACGUGAAACGCUUCGUCUACACCUCCUCCGCCCAGGCGGCAACUUCGAUUUCUUUCGAUGAGCCGGUGGAUAAACCAGUAACAUCCGAAUCGUGGAACGAGUUCUCAAUUCAAAGAGCGCAGACGAGGUCGCUUUCUGACCCGAAGAGAUAUUUCCAUGUCUAUAGCGCCAGCAAGGUCUUCGGUGAGCGGGGGGUCUGGGACUGGGUGGAACGGCACAAGCCCGGAUUCGUGACCAACACAGUUUUACCAUCCGUAAGCUUUGGUGCCUCGCUGGACCCGGAACACCAGGGCCACCCGUCUACAUCUAUCUGGCCAGCAGCAAUCUUUAAGAAUGAACCGGAGUCGGUCCACUCGUAUAUAAACUCCACCACCCCUAUCGGGGGCUACUGCGUUGGGCUUGAAGAUGUCGGGCUCCUCCAUGUAGCAAGCUUGUCCAACCCUACGGUUCAUAAUGAGCGUCUUUUCGUAUUUGGCAUCCCUUUUCUCUGGCCUGACUUUAUGGCUGCUCUCCGGAAAUUGUUUCCCGGUCGCGACUUUCCCGAUGGGUUCUAUGGUGAGUCCAAGGAAGUCACCUUGUUGGAUGUUGAAUCCAAUAGACGAUGCGAAGAGCUGUUGAAGGAGAUGGGAAAGUCGGGAUGGAGUUCUUUGGAGGAAAUGUUGAUGGCUAAUGUGUCUGGUUUGGUAUGA